AGUCGCAAAAAGGAAUAGCUGUCGAUAGAAUGAAAUUUGCCACAGUAAUUGCCUGUGCUGCCCUCUGGGUGGCCAGCAUCAAUGCCGCCAGUGUGCAGCCGGGCGUGAGGGCGAUCGACAACCAACUCUACCGCCGUUACGUGUGCGUUCAUAAGCCCGAUGGAUUCCGCGCUCUGGUCCCCGGAAGUUGCUCCCAGUACUACGAGUGUCAGUCAGGUGUGGCCCUGGUCAAUGUCUGCUCCCGCUUUUUCGAUGCUACGGUCCAGGGAUGUGUCAACUACAACACCGGUUGCAUUGAGAUUCAGAAUGCAUCGCCUGUAGGAGGCUCGAUCACUGAAGUGCCGUGUGCCCAGGAAACAACAACCUGUGCCCCCGAAAUUACAACUACAACAACCUGUGCUCCAGAAAUUACAACCACAACAACCUGUGCUCCAGAAAUUACAACCACAACAACCUGUGCUCCCGAAAUUACAACCACAACAACCUGUGCUCCCGAAAUUACAACCACAACAACCUGUGCACCAGAAAUUACAACUACAACAACCCGUGCACCUGAAGUUACGACCACAACAACCUGUGCACCAGAAAUUACAACUACAACAACCUGUGCACCCGAAAUUACAACCACAACAACCUGUGCUCCCGAAAUUACAACCACAACAACCUGUGCUCCCGAAAUUACAACCACAACAACCUGUGCUCCCGAAAUUACAACCACAACGACCUGUGCUCCAGUAAUUACAACCACAACAACCUGUGCUCCAGUAAUUACAACUACAACAACCUGUGCUCCAGUAAUUACAACCACAACAACCUGUGCACCAGAAAUUACAACCACAACAACCUGUGCACCAGAAAUUACAACCACAACAACCUGUGCUCCAGUAAUUACAACCACAACAACCUGUGCACCAGAAAUUACAACCACAACAACCUGUGCUCCAGUAAUUACAACCACAACAACCUGUGCUCCAGUAAUUACAACCACAACAACCUGUGCUCCAGAAAUUACAACCACAACAACCUGUGCUCCAGUAAUUACAACCACAACAACCUGUGCUCCAGAAAUUACAACCACAACAACCUGUGCACCAGGAGUUACAACUACAACAACCUGUGCACCAGGAGUUACAACUACAACAACUUGUGCACCAGGAGUUACAACUACAACAACCUGUGCACCAGGAGUUACAACUACAACAACCUGUGCACCAGAAGUUACAACUACAACAACCUGUGCAUCCGGAGUUACAACUACAACAACUUGUGCACCAGGAGCAGCGAAGUCCGGUUCUUCGAAGGCCAGGCCAACAGCUGUGAAAGUGCGACCAGCGAGACCCGCGCGCCCUGCCGUUCGUCCCGCGUUGGAAAUCGAUCACGUGUCUGCUCCUGAAGCCCAACAGCUAAGCAUGUCCACCUAUACCAAGUACGUGUGCCGUAACAAGCCCGACGGGUUCAUGCUGGCUUCCCUGAAGAGCUGCUCCGACUACUAUAUCUGCCGGUAUGGAAAGCCACUGUUGGUGAGCUGCGGCGAUAAAUACUUCAACGCUUUGAAGGGCAUUUGCGAUCUGCCAGAGAACACGCGUUGCGUGCAGCCCCAAGCAUAA